AUGCCAUGGGUAAUCCGCCUAGUAGCCUAUAUGCCUACCGAUAAUGAUGUCCACUUGUCCAUAUACACUUCUCGGAUCGACACCAUAGAGGACAUUGAUUUUAUCCGAGGAUCAACUACUGUUCUCCGGUCACAGUCAGCGUUAAGCCCCGGAUCUAGCCCCGCACACCUAAUCAACUGGAGUAUUAUCCCCAACGAAAACCAAGCUGGAUUUUACAUCUGGGGCGUUUGGCAAAGUGAUGUGAGAAUAUGCGUAAAAUAUCUACAAAUCGACGAUCCAGUAGUCGAGCGAGAGCACUAUCACCAAUUCAGUAAACGUCCUCUUUUGAAUGGCCGUUGGUGGCCUGUAGCUAUGCAGAUGCCUUUAACUGGAUUUGUCAAGUCCAUGAGCCAUGUAGACGAUUCAGUCAAGGAUGUAUCCAAGUACUAUGCUGACGUUAUCUUCACCUCUGGGCAUUUCUCUGAAUGCACUAUUAUUCGGGCACUGAAAACGCUUUUUCAAGAUCGCGAGUAUACACCCAAUGUCGACCUGGAGUCGCAGGUGAUUGAGGCGCUUUUUGUUAGGACACCUCCUGGGGCUUCUCUUGUUGAACGUGAGCGGAUCAGACAUAGGGAGAUUAUUGGUUGGACCCGGUUUAUUUCGUAUUGCGCUAAACUUGAUCAUGAAGCAUCUAGAGCGCUUGGUCUAUCCAUUGCAUUGGAUACAGGAUAUAUGGUCAUCAUCAAGCAAGAUUCUCUUAGCUUUCUUACGGCGUGUGACGAUUCCGAAAUUCUUUAUCAUACCUUCCAGGACAAACAAUUUGAAGUGACACAAUUCAUUGCUUCCCCGCCAUCUCAGCUAAGAAGCACGUACCCUAGACUUCGAGAUCAGGCUCUUCGUCAUGAUAUUGCUAAAGUUUUCCGAGCGAUCGACCAUUUGUCCCACAACAUCACAAAUGAAUCAGCAAAGAACUUGGAAAAUACUAUUUGCCAGCUUUCAUUAACGAAUGGGCCUAGGAAUUUCGUUGAAAUCUUAUCGCAAGAACAUCUUCCCUAUUACAUCUCCAAAGCUGAUAUGAACAGAGCAAGGAACUUAGUGGGGGCAUGCAAAUCACCUGCAGAUGUCUUUCGAUAUCUCACUCUGCAGCUUGCUCAUAGCGAAGACACUAGCUCUGAUACUAAUCAAGCAGGACCAAUACCUCACCGCCGCGUUCUCCCCUAUGAAACCCUUGUUGUAACAAGUAUCCAGCAACUUGCCUCCAGCCGAUACACCAUCGCCCAAAAUGUCCUCAUUCUUCUUGCUACCAUCUUCAGCUCGCCCCGCUCUUAUAGAGCCUGGGUACAGGACGAAGCCCAGCUCCUUUCCAGUGCAAUGCGUGUGACACAGUCGCUUAUGCUUUUAAAAUGGAUCUCUAACCAGGCUCUCUCAGCCCCAACAUCGACUAGCAUGGAGCUAGAACAACAACUUUCAAAGAUGCAUGUUGAUGAAGCUAAUCUUAAUAAUCCACAAGUAACUCUCCGAGAGCGGUUGACAGCCAGCCUCUUAAGAACAAUGACGUCAAAGACUGGAAAAAUAAGUACGGUUGAAUUUCCUAUUUACUUUGCCGUACCACGCGUCGUAUCGACAUUUCUGCAUGUCAUAGGAAUUCGUAGUCAGCGUUCAGAGACAGAAGCCAUGUAUCAUGCAGGAUUAGCUCAGCAUCUCUCGAAACUCAACGAGAUGAAACUGCUAGCACAGUUUUUGGACAUUGUCUCAACAGCUUCAUCCCUCUCCUAUUAUCGUGGAAGAGUCUUAUUAAGUCAAGCAAAACCAACGCAAGCUAUAGAACAAUUUAUGGCCGUCAUAACCUGUUUUGGAAACGGUCUUAAGGAAGUGGAACAGGAAUUGGAUAUCAUGCAACUCGAUUACUCUACAGGCGUCAUUAGAGGGCAUACAAAACUCGAGGAAUAUUACGACAAUGUGAUCAGACUGUUGGUGGAACAUGGCGCUCAUGAACAAGCCAUUACUAUUGCUAAGAUAGCUCUGAGCGACAUUCUUCAUAAUUCUAAAGCAGAUGUACGGAUCCGGAGCCUUCUAGAAGUGAUCAUUGAUUCUGCCCUGGCUAUUGGCGCUUACGACAGUGCUUUCAAUGCAAUGAUGUUACUUCCACAAGACGGCCUUAAGAGAUCAGCUCUGAGAAAGUUUGUCAAGAUAAUAUGCGAUAAUGGUGAUGGGGCAAAACUCAGCCUAUUCCCUUUCAAUGGACUUCAAGAUCAAGUGGAACAGUUACUUAAAUCAAAAGCUGAACAAAACGCAGUCCUCUCUAAACCCGACAAUUACAAAAUUCUCUACUCGUAUUACAUUUACCGGUGCGAAUACAAAAAGGCUGCUACAAUCAUGUGUCAAUAUGCAAGAAGACUGUGUGAUGGAACGAACAGGACAGAGACUGUCUGGAGACUUUUAACAGAGGCGGGUUCAGCUUAUUUGGCCGCCAUCAAUGCUCUCCAAGCAGCUGACUCUUCUAACGCCUGGGUAUCGAUUGAACUAGCAGGUGUGGCCAUUGAAGAGCCUUCCAAAAGAAGACGAUUAAACGACUCUCUCCAGAACCCAACCUCUAGUGCUCUACUUGAUCGUCGGUGUGUAAGCGUACCUUGCAAGCGUGAGAUUUUACAAUUGACAGACCUCAAACAGGAAUUUCAAUUGAUUAAGGCCAAGCUGUUGCUUGUGACUGAAAUCCCUGACGAAGUCAUCCCAGCUGCCUUGACGAUGUCAGCAAGAGAAACUCAACUAUUACUUGUUCAGCGUGGAUGCUAUGAGGAAGCAACCUCAUUAGCGCUAAUGCACGACUUAGAUCUUGAUAUUGUAUUCAAGUUGCUAGUGGACAAAUAUCUAAGCGAUUUAAGGCUAGAGCAAGAGUAG